AUGGAACAAUCACGUGCUCUGAAUCAAGCAUUGAAACUCUUGACUGGAUUAGAUAAUGAUUCAACGAAACGUGCCAACAUCGUUGAAUAUGUAAAAGAAAAAGGAACCAUUGCCGUGUUCGCUUAUGGAUCUUUGAUUUGGAAUCCUUGUGAACAUGUAGAACAGAUCAUUCCCAAUUGUCUUUUAAAUGGUUAUACCAAAGGAUUUAUUUGUCAAGAUUUUAUCUAUCGAGGAACAAAGGAUUUUAAGGGUCUAACAAUGGGUUUAAAACCAUGUGAAGAAAGUUUCGUUAAAGGUUAUCUGUUGAUGGCUAGUGCCAAUAAAUUGAUUCCAUUCAUUGAAGCUUUUAUCAAACGUGAAACUCCGAUUAGUGUUGAUGGUACCAAAAUGGAUAUAUAUACAUAUGACUUUCUUCCUGUGAUAAUGUCAGAUGGAAAAACUAUUGAAUGGGCAUUGACUUGUGUUGCCAAUAGUAAUAGUCAAUUCUAUUUACCAAUGACACUUUCAAUCAAACAACAAGCAGAGAUUAUGAGUCGAGCCUAUGGUAUCAAUGGAACUAAUUUUCAAUAUUUACAUAAUACUCUGCAUACUUAUAGACAUUUGUCUUUAAUCGAUACAUUUACUGUAGACAUGGAAGAACUUUAUGCUACUGUUCUUAUUUAUCGUCAAUAUUUAACUAAAUAUGAGCGCCAAUGGCUUGAAAGUUUUGAAAAAUUGACAACGACAGAUGAACGAGAACUAGCAAUCAAAUUACAAAGAACAAACAAUGUUCGAAUGAGAAAACAAAAUUUAUUCGCUCGCAUAUGUUCAAUAGAACCCGUAGUUUUUCCCAAAUAUAAUCGAAUGGUAUCCGUCUGA